AUGUUUGGGUUUGUGUGGUGUGUUGUGUGUGUUGGUUUGGUGGUGGUGGUUUGUGGUGUUGGUUGGUGUUUGUUGGUGUUUUUUGGUGUGGGUGUGGUGGUGUGUGGGUUGUGGGUGUUGGUUGUUUGUUUUGUUAGUGUUUGUUUUGUUGGUGUGUUGGAGUUUGUGUUUGUUGCGGGUGUUUGGUGGGGUGUUUUGUUUUGGAGGGUGGGUUGUGUGUGUGUUGUUGGGGGUGUUUGUGGUGUUUUGGUGUGGGGGGUUUGGUUGUGGUGUGUUGGGUGGGUUUUGUGGUUUGGGUGUGGUGGGGGUUGGUGUUGUGUGGGGUGGUUUGGGGGGGUGGGGGGGUGUGUGGUUGUGGGUGUGGGGGGGGGUGGGGGUGGUGGGGGGGUGGAGGGGUUGGGUGGGUUUGGGGGGGUGGGUAGAGGGGGGUGGGGGGGGUGGGGUGGCGGUGGGGUGGGUAGGGGGGGGGCCGGUAGUUAUUAUCUAUGUUGGGUGGGGUUGGUGGGAAAAUGGUGGCUGGGUGGGGGGGGUGUUGGGUCACUGGGUGGGGAGGGUGGUGGGGGGGGGGGUGGGGGGGGGGUGGGGGGGGGGGGGGUGGGGGGUGAUAGGGGGGGGGUGGGGGAUAUAAAAGGGGGGGGGGGGGGGGGGAUAGGUGAUUAA